UCGCAUUCUCUCCCACGCACGCGACCUUCUCUCGUUCCACGCGCCAACGCAGCCGCCGUCUCCUCUGCUCCUUUCUCUCUACAUCGCCAGAUCUAGGACGCCACCGGGAGGAGAUCAGAGAGGCCACGGCCGCGGCAGAAGCACCAUUCUCGACCAGAUCCGCACUCAGCGCAGCUACCGCCCUUUUCUCUUGUUUACAUACGCAGCGAUUUCUGUGUUUCCUUUCCAACGAAGGCAGCUCCGCAUCGGGCCGCACACGCACAUCUUCGUCUCCACCUCUCCCCCCACAUGCCACCGCCUCCUCUCUCUCAACGUCGCCAGCUGCAGCCGCCUCUUCUUCCUCUCUCUCUCUCUGCUUGUCUCCCCCCUCGCUGAACAAGGCUCACACGAGCGGCGGUGGCAGCAGACCUGUGAGAAACAUGGAAAGGCAGGAGGUGGAAGUCCUCGCGGGAGUCAUCGUCCAUGAAGAACUGGAUCGGAAGCAGUUCACGGCAUGUACGUCCCCGACCAGCCGCCGGAGUCCCUCUGUCUGCUGUGUGCGAUAGCUUUACUCGCUAUCUGUUCUAUUUGCAAGAGGAGGCAAGGGUCGGGAAGCGGUGGCACCGGCGACUGGCAAACCUCAUCGGCUACUGCUGCGACGGGGUCGAGCGCCUGUUCGUCGCUGAGUUCAUGCCCAACGACACCCUCGCCAAGCACCUCUUCCACUAUCCCACUAUGUCACCGGCCUGCUCUCCCUCCCCUGCACCAGGCUCUCCGACCGGCUCCUUCGCACCGCCUUCCACUUCAAAGUUCAAACAACUCAAAGACAAGAAAUUCAAGCGUUCUGUGCCUCUUUGAGGUAUUUUUGGCUGUAACAAAUUUCUGAAGAGGGAUGACACAUUCAGAAUUUCAGAUAGACUUGUGUCUUUUUGGUUGUAAUGGCAUAUGCUCGCUACUCCCUUCGUUUUUAUUUA